AUGAGGGCAAGCGAUUCUGAAAUCAAUCCUAUUUCGAAUCAGCCUUCAGGUACAAUCCGACGCGAUGCCGGCGGGGUCAAGCUGGGAAAUCCAUCGGGAUCGAUUCCUAGAGCCGAUCCGGUCGAGAGUGACUUGAUGGAGGUCUCAGAUGAUCAAUCGCCUCGGAUAACUUUUUACAAAUUCCAAGUGCCAAUUCCCGGUGGUGCUCAACCUAUGGGACAAAUCAUGGAGCCGCUUCUUGCAGAGUUCCACAAAUCUUUUUCUAUGAGGGUCGAGCGCGCCGCCAGUCACACUCCGGAGAACGAAAACCGUAUGCAUCCAAGUUUGCCAUUUGUGCUGACUGCUCGUCAGAGGGAUCCAGCUUCGAGUCAACUUCGGAAACUGGCCCCAAAAGGGAAGAAAUCAUUCCGCCCACAUUUAUUUAAUGGCGGCUCAAGCGAACCAGCGGAUGAUGUGGUUCUUGUAUCAAGGGUUUUGGAAGGUCGAUCGUCGUUCCUCCAGAAAACCAAGAAAAUCAACUUCCUCUACAAGAACCUGAUUGCCUGGGUCUAUGAACACCAAGAGCGGCUGUUGAACAGCUUCAACAUACCCGUAGCACUCUACAAAGUCGAGCAGAGAAAGCUCCUUACUUGGCUCGAGAAACAAAUCUUUGCGCCUGAUCAUAGUCUUCCCCUUUUCCAAAUCAUCAGGCCACCGUACCCGGUUUGGAAGCCUGAUCUAUCCGAUCAGAGUCUCGGUCCUACUCAGAUAAAACUCAUCCGGUUUUUCUCUCUGGAGAAGGAGACCCCGGAAGUCACAGAGGCUGUUGCCUCAGACCUUUUACAGACUUACCAAAUUGAAAAUAGAAUUGAUUAUUCGCUCCUCAGUCAGCCUUCAAAUAUCGUCCGGGAACAUUGGAUUAAAACUGCACAGAAGGCACACUUCAAGCUCGUUACUUCUUUUCUACUGACCCUCGCGCCAAGUCCAGCAGAUGUGGAGCAUCACUCAUGGAGCUUGGGGCAGCAUCAUCCAGCCGUCCAGUUGCUAAGAAGAUACUCGACGGAAUUUCGGGCCCGAUCUUUCCAGCUUUAUCCAAGACAUCGGCACGAUGAAUAUGUGAAAGUGGUACCUGACAGAAGCUAUCAUCCAAAACUGCCCAUUGCUGUCUACUUUUCCAAUCGAAAAGUUGGUUAUCAACCCUUAAGAUCCUUGUGGUAUAUGAGUCGAAAUGUGGUUAAGCCAGAUGUAAUCAAUCAGUCGUUCACAUCUCUGAUCAAAUUCUUGGAUAACAUCCAUCUCAAGGCUCUUCUUCACUACAACAUUCCGGCGACAGAAUCUGCUAAGAACCGAGAAAAGCUGCUCCAAUGGCUCAUGCAAAGUAUCUUUGAACCGACCGAUAGUCUGCCCGUCAUCGGCUUUACCAAAAUUCACGGAACUACCGCACCCUGGGACGAGCCAACAAAAAAGUCCGAAGAAUUGUUUGGGAGAACUCAAAGAAUCUUGAUCAUCUACUUUUCUCAAUAUCCCACCUAUGAAUAUAUGAAAGCCGCCUCAGUCUCGCUCCUAGCCACUUGGUACAAAGAUUGUCAUCCAAGUGCAUUCUACUCUAAUAAUCCAUUUGAUACGGGCCCAACACUCUCUGGGAACGUGAUUGCAGGCUCACGCAAAGAAACCCAGGCUCGCCAUCCUCACAUUGGAACAUGA